CUAAUGAAUAAUGACCAACUUCUUUGCUUCAUAAAUGAGUCCAACUUGUAUGAUUCUUGAAGUUCCAAAGAAAUGAAAUAGUAAGUUGUUAUGCCAUAUUCCCCUGAAUUUUUACUCCAACUUCUCCAAUGCUUCAUCAAAAACCCAAACCAAAUUAAACAAAUUCAUUCCCUUCUAAUUACCACCCCCCCAAACUCCAAAACAUUCAAAGCCACUCUUCUCUACAACACUCUAAUAAGAGCCUACCUCAACAUCAACCAACCUCACAACUCCCUCCUUGUUUUCACUCACAUGCUUGCCCACCAAGCCCUCCCCAACUCCUACACCUUCCCUUCAUUGAUCAAAGCCACAAUCGCCUCUUCUUUACCACCCUCUUUAUCUUCCCUCACUCUCCACUCCCAAGCCCUUAAACGCGGCGUUUUAUCUGACCCAUUUGUCAAAACAUCCUUGCUAACGUUGUACGGUGAAGCCAAUUAUGUAUGUGAUGCACGUUUAAUGUUCGAAGAAAUUACAAAUCCUUGCAUUGUUGCUUGUAAUGCAAUGAUUGAUGCUUAUGCGAAAAAUGGCGACAUGGGUUCUGCUGUUUUGCUGUUUAAGAGCAUGUUAGACAGAGAUGUCGUUUCUUGGACUAGUGUUAUUAAUGGGUUUACGAGGAACGGUUGUUUUGUGGAAGCAAUUAGGUUUUUUGAGAAUAUGAUUGUGAAUGGAGAUUUAGUGAAAUCAAAUGAGGCUACUUAUGUUAGUGUACUUUCAUCAUGCGCUGGUUUAGUUGGGGGAGUUGGUCUUGGUCUUCAUUUAGGGAAGCAAGUUCAUGGAUAUAUUGUGAGGAAUGAAACUUUAUUAAGUGCUUUUAUGGGGACGGCGUUGAUUGAUUUCUACGGAAAGGCGGGUUGUUUGGGCCACUCGAGAAGGGUUUUUAAUUUAAUGGUGUACAAAGAAGUUUGUACUUGGAAUGCAAUAAUUUAUUCCCUAGCAAGUAAUGGUAGAGAGAGGAAGGCUUUGGACAUGUUUGAAGAGAUGAAACAACAAGGGUUUUGUGCUAAUGAGGUUACUUUUGUUGCUGUUCUUACAGCUUGUGCACGUGCUAAAUUUGUGGAGUUGGGUUUGGAAUUGUUUCACUCAAUGUCUAGUGUGUUUGGUGUUAAACCAGUAAUGGAACACUAUGGGUGUGUGAUUGAUAUGUUAGGAAGAGCUGGGCUUUUGAGUGAAGCCACUGAAUUUAUAAAAAAUAUGCCUAUUCAGGCUGAUGCUUCAGUUUUGGGAGCUCUUUUAGGGGCUUGUAAGAUUCAUGGGGCUGUUGAGUUGGGGCAUGAAAUCGGGGAAAGGCUGCUUGAAUUACAGCCACAACAUUGUGGGCGAUAUGUGGUGUUAUCCAACAUUCAUGCUGGGGUUGAGAGAUGGAGUCAUGCUGCUGAUCUAAGGAAAGCAAUGGUAGAGGCUGGAAUUCGAAAAAUUCCUGCGUAUAGCUUGAUUGAUUCCUUAUGCUAGUUUAUUCACAAUGGAUAUUAGUUA